CUAGUAAUGUGAGGUCUGGCUGGAUGUUAAAAGGUGAUUUGAGAGGUGCUCUACUGACCCCUACAGUUUAAUAUCUGUGUUGUAUGUAUCCUCAUUUCCUGCGUAUGGCUUUUAAACUGUAUAAACAACUUAGCCUUUUGUACAUUUGGUCACUGCUACCACCAUGUGACUGUCUCAUAGUUUGACAUUGUGGUUCGCAGUUGCCAUCGAUCUAACUUAACACGCUGCAAUGAGUAGAUGACUUCUUUCAAAAUCCUGUAUGAAAUGCACACACAAUGCUCCCCAUGCAAAUGGAAACUGCAAACCACAUUGGAUAAGCGUGUUCUUCCUGUGUAUUCAGAUGUCGGCACCUGAUAAACACGUCACAAUGGUCGACAUCAGAUCACACCGAGCCUCCUCGGUUUCUGUUCAAACAAACCAUUGAGCCGUCUCUCCAGACGGAGUUUAUUGUAGCUCUUGUUUACUUAAUUGUUUUAGAAGCUUUUCCACGCGUGUCGUGGCGCUACACCGCAAUGAUCCGUGUUCCUCUUCUCUGUUUCUAUUUGACUGCCGGACUCCAGGCGUUGGCUUCUCUUAGGAUUCUGGACCAGCGUCCGGACUGCACCCAACCGGGUCUUGAGAACUGCACAAUUAAUAGCUGCUCAGAUAAACGAACGAUUGAACGUCGACGACACGCUCCAACUGGUCCAGAGUGGGAUCUUGAGCAGGUGGGAGUCUGGCUGGACGAACAUGGACCUGUUCCUGUUGUGAACGUUACGUGGAAAAUACAGGCAGAUGGAGGUGUAAAAGCCCUUCGUGGAUCAGAGAUCAGUGUUUUGGAUGAAAGUACAAAUAAAAGUAUAUGUGUGCAGUUUUCUUACAAACUGAAGAAAGAGCUUAAUCCAACCUAUUUGAAGUGGACAUUUUCCCUGGACGGAGUCGUGGUAGAGCCCGGCCGCACAUACAUGCUGUCUCUUUUCAAUCUGCCAGAGCCUGAUAUUGAAGACUACAGGUUAAAAAAGCAGAUUACCAUCCCAGGAUGUGCUGACAGGAGAAUCCAAAAGGCCCAAAUGUGUCUGGAAAACGGAAGUCUAUGGGAUCCUAAUGUGACCACUUUUUAUAAGCAAGGUAGAAGGUUUCUGAUUGUUGUGGGUUUUAAGGCAGCUCAGUAUUCAGAGAGAUACCAAGUCUCCAUCCAGAGUCGUGGUUUCCAUUGCUCAAAGAAUGUCUCAAAGGAAAACCAAACAUUGCUGAAUGUGUCCUUUGAGUUCGGCUGGUGGCAGCUUUCACAUUGUAAAAUGGUUUUAAUGAUUCAGCCGUUUUUUGUUCGGUGUAAGAAGACCUGUCGGCGCCCCGAGAAAAUAAUUGAUUUAUGUGAAUAUUCUUCACCACGAACUUCACUUUUCAAGGCAACAGUGGGGCUUCUUGCUGUUGGUGUUUUUCUUGCUUGUUUAUUGUGGAAAGCCUCUCACAAAGAUCCUGUGAACACAUCAUCCUCCACUAGCAAGCAGCAACCAGAUGGUUUCCAAAUGCAGAACAGAAGACGAGUCCUCAUCAUCUACUCCCUCGACCACCCUUUAUACAAAAACAUAGUCCUCAAGCUUUGUUCCUUCAUGGCGUCCAAAUGCGGUACCGAAGUGGUCCUGGAUCUGCUGGACUCCACGAGGCUGGGAGUGUUGGGGAGCAUCCAGUGGUUGGACUGUCACAGAGACCAAACGGGAAGCUCUUCAGAUAAGAUACUGAUCCUGUGCUCCCGAGGGGUACGAGCCAAAUGGAGAGCCAUGUGUGGAGACAAACCGGUUUGCCUGAGAGAGGACGCCUGCUCAGCCGUGGGGGACAUGCUCAGCCCGGCCCUCAGCCUCAUGGUCCCCCACUUUGUCCGCUCUGCGUCGUUCGAGAAGUACAUACUGGCUUACUUUGACGAUGUUUGCUGUGAAGAAGAUGUUCCGCCGCCUUUCAACAUCACAGUUCGAUACAAGCUGAUGAAACAGUUUGAGGAGCUCUUUUUCAGAAUCAUGGACACUGAGAAGCGCGAGCCCGGCAGAGUGAAUCACGUCGAGGGGUUCUCAGAGCGCGAGUACUUUCGCUGUCCCUCAGGUGGAGCCCUGCGGGACGCCUUAGAGGCUUUUCACGCGUACCAGCUGGAGAAUCCACAGUGGUUUGAAGAUGAAUUACUGGGACACUCAGUGGAGAUCCAGGACAUGAUGACAGAUUGCGUACCCGACUCAACCCAAGUCGGCAGUCAUGUUAAGACUAAGGAAAGGGAUCUCACUCGAGACAAAACAGGGCUUUACAUGGCUUAAGAGUUUCAAAUGUGCACCUCAGUUGAGUUGAACCCUCUCAUGGGGGAGGGUUUGAUGCAAUUACGUCAAUGUUUUGCGUGAUCAGUGAUGAUCUUCUCCACUGUUUGUUUAAACUAUCAGAAGCAUUCAAUGUGAUUAGUGUUGUGGGACCAAAUAAAUCUGCUGGGAAAACCAACAGGUAAUAAAACAGGUACACUGGAUCAACUAUUGGGCCAAUGGACAAAUU